UCCUUCAUCAAAGCAGCUCCUUCCAGUGGCCAAAUAGCGCCUGUCAAUAAAGAGAGGUGGCCGCAGGGGGAAUUUGUAAGGAACGAGGUGGCAGGAAAAGCGGGAGCCUAAUUGAUUUGAAGUCCCCCAACCCAGCAGCAAAUAACAAUAAUAAUUAUACGCACGCUCUGGCGGAGGGAAGCCGAGGAGGAGAGAGGAAGUGGCCGCGAAUCAUGGCCCCCGGGCAUAGUAGCCUGCAGCAGCCAUGUGGCCGGCUUCGGGGGUAGAGUGCCUGGACAACGCGGGCCGCUCACCUUCUUGCAAGGCUCUAGAAUCAGAGGCUGGCACCUCCUGUUUCGUCUUUGAGGAGACCCCUGUGGCAAGGCUUCUACAUGCCCCCGCACCUUGCCACCCAGGCCUCUUUACAGCCAGCAAUCAGGUGACACCCCAUUUCACCUCGGGAUCCUCCGGCCAUCGGACGGGGUUUCACGGCCUUCCUGUCGGCCCUUCUGCCCCUGGGGAUUAAAAAUGACCGCCUUGGUUGACCUUUGGAAGAGGAAAGAUGGCUUUGGCCCAGUGACAUCUGGCAGAUGAGAAGCGAAGAAAAAAUGAUGGAGAAGCUGGAGGCCUCUCAGCCGCCGGUUGCCCCAGAACAGCAAAACCCGCAGCCACCAGUCUCCCCAAUUGAUAUCCCCUCCCCAGCUACUGGGGGGGAUGAGGUUGAGGCCACCCCAUCGCCCACAAGCCCCACCUCUUCCUCCCCUCCAGCCAAGGGGAGCCCUUCCCCUCCUGACCCGCCCCCGGCCCCGUUACCUCACAACGUCCCGGUCAUCAGCCUGAGCUACAGCAGCAAGCCCCCCGCCCACGUCGACGUCCCCACCACUCAGCUCACUGCCCUGCACCCCAUUCCCAGCCUCUUACAGCUCUCAGCUCUUUCGGCUGGCCCUCCUCCGCCCCCUAUGGCGAAUCUAGCCGGAGUGAGGAGCCCCCUUUUGGCCCCACAGUACCAGCCUCAGUACCAGCCCUUUCUCAACAGCAUCUACAUUGGCAGCUCUGGGACUUUUGGCCUCUUCCCCAACAACCGCCUCAAGCGGAGGCCGAGCCAUUAUGAACAGGACAUCACGGAGGGUCAUCAGCCCCAGAAGGUGGCACGCCGGGUCUUCACCAACAGCAGGGAGCGCUGGCGGCAGCAGAACGUCAACGGCGCCUUUGCUGAGCUGCGGAAGCUCAUCCCUACCCACCCGCCCGACAAGAAGCUGAGCAAGAACGAGAUCCUUCGCCUGGCCAUGCGAUAUAUCAACUUCCUGGUCAAGUUGCUGAGCGACCAGGCCAGGUCAGCUGGCGGGGAGCCUCCUGAAUCAGAAGCGCCUUGCAAUGGCACCCCGAGGACUCCCUCGCCACCCACAGCACCCAUAAAAAUGGAGCAAGGGACCGUGGAGCCAGUGACUGUGCUGGGGGCAGGAGAGCCGCGGUGAUGAAGAGCUCUCUGCCCAAAUGUGUGCGGCCGUUGCGUCUCUCCCUCCACACGCUCAAACAGGGCUCAAACACAGCCACAUGUGUAGACUGAAGCAGCAUUGAAGCACCUGGACUGAAUCUCCCUUCUGGGCACUGGAUGGAGGACUUGUGUGAUGUGGAGGCUGCUAUGACCUUCUGAGGAUGAAUGCUUGGACCAGGACAUCCCACUAUGCCCACCUGGUGGCAUAAAAAGCAGGGACUUCUUUCCGAGGAGGAAUUAGGAGCGGGGCUUUUUAUGUUCCUGUAUCCAGCUUGGCUUGUUUCCAGAAUGACCCACGAGAAGGUGUGGGGUGGGGAAGCAGCAGGGAGCCUGGUUUGUAUGAGACAUAACUCUCCUGCCCCCACCUCCAGUGAAGUGGGGCCCCUGGGUGGGCGAGGGGGACGGUCUUCCGUGUUUUACCUCUGUUCAAUGUGCACCACUUCCAAAUCCUCAAGCCCAAGCAUCUAUUUUGUGCAGGGUCUUUAAAUCGAAAUAUGAACCCGGACAAAGGAACGGGAAUAAAAUCAGGGUUAAGGGGUUGCUCUUGGCAUUGGAACUGGGGAGGGGGGGCGGACAGCCCUUAGCUCACAGGCUCCGCCUUUCUGUUGGGAAAACCCUUCAUCACAGGGCACAGGCUCAACUCCCUCUGUAAAAGCCAACAAGAGAUGGGGGGGAAGUGGCAAGGGGGGAGGUAUUGCGUAAAUAAAUGGGCAGAAGAGAAUGGGUUAGGCAGUCCCUCUCCCCCCGCCAAUCAUCUGCUCACGACUGCAGCCCCUUGUGGCUUUUCAUUAAAAAAAGCUGGAAGACUA